CGGGCAACCAUGGAAGAACUUACGGCUUUUGUAUCCAAAUCUUUUGACCAGAAAAGCAAAGAGAGCAGCAGCGGCAGUGGCAGCGGCAACAAGAAGGAGACGAUCACGUACAGGGAAGUUUUGGAGAGUGGCUUGGCUCGCUCUAGGGAGCUUGGAAACUCUGAUUCUAACCUGCAGGACAUGACUGAGAGCAGCAACCAUUGCCCGGUGCAUCUUUUCAAAGACCACGUAGAGAGCGACAAGGACAAACUGAAGGAGUUCAACACGGGCAGGACAGCGGAAGGGAUCUACGAAUGCAAAGAAAAGAGGGAAGAUGUAAAGUCAGAAGAUGAAGACGGACAGACCAAGCUUAAACAAAGGAGAAGCAGAACCAAUUUCACACUAGAGCAGCUGAACGAGCUGGAAAGACUUUUUGAUGAGACUCACUAUCCGGAUGCCUUCAUGAGGGAGGAACUAAGCCAGAGGCUGGGACUAUCUGAAGCUAGGGUUCAGGUCUGGUUCCAGAAUAGGAGAGCAAAGUGCCGAAAGCAGGAAAACCAGAUGCACAAAGGUGUGAUCCUGGGAACCGCCAGCCAUUUAGACGCCUGCAGAGUAGCCCCCUAUGUGAAUAUGGGAGCCCUGAGGAUGCCUUUCCAACAGCCCGAAGGGACCUUCCGCCACCUUCUGUGUCUCGGAGACACGUGGAGCUGA